AUGGAGCAGCAGGUUGUAGAGGAGGUAAAGAAGUCACCAUGUUUUUCGAUCCAACUCGACGAAUCCACAGAUCUGAGUAAUUGUGCCAUUCUCCUUUGUUUUGUGCGAUAUAAGGGAAUCACGGAUUUUAAGGAAGAACUCCUAUGUUGCAUUAGCUUGUCAGGACGUACGACCAAAGCAGAGAUAUUCAGAUUUCUUGACGCCUACAUAACUGCAAAAGGAAUAGACUGGGGAAUAGGCGUCGGGGUAUGUACGAAUGGAGCUACUAGCAUGACUGGCUGUCGCUCUGAGAUGGUCACAAAAAUAAAAGAAGUUGCACAUGAGAAAAUGCUGUAUACUCAUUGCAUCAUCCAUCGAGAGCAUUUGGCUUCAAAGAAACCCUCUCCUGAGUUGAAAAACGUAAUGAACAACGCUGUAAAAAUUGUUAAUGCGAUUAAAACUCGUCCUCUGAAUAGUAUGGAUUCACAGCAUCAACACCUUCUUUUUCAUGCCGAAGUUAGAUGGCUAUCAAGAGGGCGAGUUCUCACACGCCUGUUUAAUCUCCGAGGAGAAACCAAACUCUUUUUGAUUGAAAUUAGCUUCCCAUUAGCAGAAUUCAUGACGGAUGAAACAUGGUUGUUCAAGCUUGCUUACUUGGCUGAUAUAUUCGGUCGCUUGAAUGAACUCAAUACAUCCCUACAAGACGCUUGCACUAAUAUAUUUGUGCUAAGAAAUAAGACUGAUGCAUUCAAGAAGAAGCUGGCUAUGUGGAAUAGUUAUGUGCUCGAAGAAAAUAUAGUCAUGUUCCUAACUUUAAAUGAUUAUAUAUAUGUCAAGUGUUGA